UCACCAACAACCGGAGUGUCACCAACAACCGGGGAGUCAACAACAACUGGAGAGUCACCAACAACCGGAGUGUCACCAACAACCUGAGUGUCACCAACAACCAGAGUGUCAACAACAACCAGAGCGUCAACAACAACCGGAGAGUCACCAAGAACCGGAGAGGUGCCAGGAACUGGAGAGUCACCGGGAACUGGAGAGUCACCAACAACCGGAGAGUCAACAACAACCGGAAUGUCAACAACAACCGGAGUGUCAACAACAACCAGAGAGUCAACAACAACCAGAGAGUCACCAACAACCGGGGAGUCAACAACAACCAGAGAGGUGCCAGGAACUGGAGAGUCACCAACAACCGGGGAGUCACCAACAACCGGAGAGUCGACAACAACCGGAGUGUCACCAACAACCGGGGAGUCACCAACAACCGGAGAGUCAACAACGACCGGAGAGUCAACAACAACCGGAGUGUCACCAACAACCGGAGUGUCAACAACAAACGGAGUGUCAACAACAACUGGAGAGUCACCAACAACCAGGGAGUCACCAACAACCGGAGUAGUCACCGAGAGCCGGAGAGUCACCGAGAGCCGGAGAGUCACCAACAACCGGAGAGGUGCCAGGAACUGAAGAGUCACCGGGAGCUGGAGACUCACCAACAACCAGAGAGUGCCGGGAACCGGAGAGUCAACAACAACCAGAGAGUCAACAACACCCAGAGAGUCACCGGGAACCAGAGAGUCACCAACAACUGGAGAGUCACCGGGAACCGGAGGGUCACCAACAACUGGAGUGUCAACAACAACUGGAGAGUCAACAACAACCGGAGAGAUGCCAGGAACUGGAGAGGCACCAACAACCAGAGAGUCACCGGGAACCGGAGAGUCACUGGGAGCUGGAGAGUCAACAACAGCCAGAGAGUCAACAACAACCGGAGAGUCAACAACAACCGGAGAGGCACCGAGAGCUGGAGACAUGUUGGGAACCGGAGAGUCACCAAGGACUGGAGAGUCACCGAGAACAGGAGACCCACCAAGAACCGGAGACACAUGAAGAACCAGAGAGUCAACAACAACCAGAGAGUCAACAACAGCUGA